AUGCUCUCCCGCAUUGUGACUACCCUCACCUUCAAUGCACUCCUUGGAUUUUCCAGGGCUACCCUUCUCAAUAGCACCGACUGCGCUGAUAUCCACUUCAUGCUGGCCCGCGGCACGACUGAAGAUUAUCCGGGUACAACCUACUCGAUGGCGGAAUUGGUUGCCGAGAACACCACUCUAAGCACCAAUUACGAGAAUAUCAUCUACCCCGCCGUCAGCGAGACAGAGUCAGACAGCUAUUUCAUUGGCCGGGCUGCAGUGGGCAGUCAAGUCAAUAGAUACGCAGCGGACUGUCCUAAUUCGAGGAUUGUUCUGAUCUCCUACUCCCAAGGUGCUAUGAUUGUGGGAGACGCCCUUGCAGGCGGGGGUGGCGAUUCGACGCUUGGGAACGCGACUCAGCCCUUGGUUUCGGAGGACGUUUCGAAGCACAUUGCUGCUAACGUCUACUACGGAAACCCGCGCCACGCACCCUACCAACCCUACAACAUGGGCAACAACACUUGGAACGUUACAGGAAAAUAUCCUCGUCUCGAUUAUCAGAUCAAGUACCUGCACGAUCGUUACCGCCAUGUUACUGCGGAUUGGUGCAAUGAUGGCGAUGGAGUUUGCUCUCCUUCGGAGGGUGCUGAUGCCCUGUCCCUUCACAUGGCGUAUGCAAACGACUAUGAUCCGAUCGCGGCGGCAUGGAUUCUUGAGAAGCUCAGAGCGUAG